UUACUUGAACAUCGCGCACAUCCAGCUAAGGUCACCCUUAAAGCGAAGCGAGCACCAAGUUGUCGCUGUGUCGAUAAUUGUCGUAUUCUGGCCCAGCAUGAAGGAGAGACGCCUCCCGCAGCCUUUGGUGGCGCGCUGCAAACUAGUGCUGGUUGGAGAUGUCCAGUGCGGCAAAACAGCCAUGCUGCAAGUCCUGGCCAAGGACUGCUACCCAGAGACAUACGUCCCUACUGUGUUUGAGAACUACACAGCCUGCAUGGAUCUUGACGGCCAGCGUGUUGAGCUGAGUCUUUGGGACACAUCAGGUUCUCCAUAUUACAACAACGUCAGGCCCCUCUGCUACAGUGACUCCGAUGCAGUCCUCUUGUGCUUUGACAUCAGCAGACCAGACAUAGUAGACAAUGCGUUAAAGAAGUGGAAAGCAGAGAUUCAGGACUUCUGUCCCUGCACACGGAUUCUGCUAAUCGGCUGCAAGACAGACCUGCGCACUGAUGUUUGUACACGCAUGGAGCUGUCUAGUCAGAAGCAGACGCCGAUCUCUCAUGACCAGGGUUGUACCUGGGCCAAGCAGCUUGGCGCUGAGGCGUACCUGGAGUGCUCGGCGUUCACGUCAGAGAAAAGUGUCCAUAGUGUAUUUCGUGCGGCGGCCCUGGCCUGCAUGAACAAACUGCAGCCUGCCAACAAGCCCAGCCCGGUCCGCCGUCUCUCUAAGAGACUCCUACACCUGCCCAGCAAGACAGACCUCCUCUCCACCACUUUCAGCAAGGACAAGUCGAAGAGCUGCACCAUCAUGUGAACACAAAGCGGUUGCACACGAGGACGAGCGUUCACAGCAGUGAUGUUCGGAGCAGUGAUGUGGUUUCACAUUAUUAUACUCGCUUCACUGCAAACGCCCUGUCAUUUCUCCCUCUAUGUUCGACUGAGACAGGCUAAACAGAAAGUUCCCCAUGGAUUGACUGUGAAAGCCUGCAUAUGUGCAAAUGUGGAUGCAAUGGACUCUUUGCACACAUGUUGUCUCGGGAGUUCAUCUAAGAUCUUCAUGGGUAAAGGGAAUGCCGCAUUUGAACACAUUACCUUAAUUAUCACCCAUUUGAAAUUCAAGUAGAGGCACUGUGAUUCCUCCAUCUGCCCGGGAUGUGUCGAUAUAAUGCUCACUUACCAGACACUUUUUUAGGUACACAUGCAUACGGUAAUCUAAUUUGACCCAAUCCUAGAACAAUAUCACUUGAUUUACCCUACAUGGGUGUAAUCAAGUACGGUUCCAUUUUAGACACCGUAUUAUUGUUUCUUGUGUUAGAUCUGAUGUUGUGUAGGCAUUCCUGAUGAUUUGAUCAGUGUGUCUAUUGCAACUGCUUUGCCCCUGGAAAUGUUGUUCCUCUGCUAUGCUCACGUGAAUGUCACCAUGGGGCACAUUGAAGCUAUAGUGUGAAAAACACAAACAGCAGUCCUUGAAGGAGUUAUUCCCUUGCUGUCCUCUAACGGUUUUUCAUUUGGAUUAAAGUUAAAGUUAAAGUUAAAGUACCAAUGAUUGUCACACACACACUAGGUGUGGCGAAAUUAUUCUCUGCAUUUGACCCAUCACCCUUGAUCACCCCCUGGGAGGUGAGGGGAGCAGUGGGCAGCAGCGGUGGCUGCGCCCGGGAAUCAUUUUUGGUGAUUUAACCCCCAAUUCCAACCCUUGAUACUGAGUGCCAAGCAGGGAGGUAAUGGGUCCCAUUUUUAUAGUCUUUGGUAUGACUCGGCCGGGGUUUGAACCCACAACCUACCGAUCUCAGGGCGGACACUCUAACCACUAGGCCACUGAGUAGGGUGGACAGUGAAGAAAGUAGCAGCAAAGGGAGUAAUUUGGCAAGGAAGAGCUUCCCUUCUCAAAGGCAGUGGGAGGCUGAACUCGAGGGACACAAUGUGACUCAGCACUCACGUGAGUCCUACAAUGCUGAGGUGAGCCACGUAUCAUCGCAGUAAUUGCGUGAUUAACCGUAGAACAUUAAUGCUUCAUCUCAAGACCCCGACAAUCCACACCCUUUUGCACAGUGUCAUUUCAAAUGGUCCUUGAUGUGAAACUGGCCUGGUUAUGCAACACUUUGUCAUCCAGAAUGCAUUUAAACAAAUGUCCUGAGGUAAUGCUGGUCAACAAGGGGGUGUCAAACUCAAACAGGCUGGUCCUGUCUAGGGAAAGAAUUGUCUCAUCCUUCUUUUCUUUAAAAAUUUUGUUUUUAAGUUACCAUCAAAGACAUUAUUUGUGACCCAAAAAACAAAACAUGGAUGUUUCUAUCUUUACUGUUACUGUUGUAUUCACUUGAGCAUCAGUGUCUGACAGCUCAGCUAAUGGAGAACUUGACAAUUUGUUGGUCUGCACCAAGAAGACCGGAGUUGUUCGGUAAUGGAGAACACUGGAAUUUAGCAUGUUGCCUAGCAACAGUGUCAGCGGGGUUCAUGUCUGCCGCGGAGACGGAGGGAAGGCUCUCGGAGAGGGGCACCUCACCUUUCAUUUGUAGCUUUAGACAGACCAGUGCCAAGGUGGCGGCCAGUCACCAAACAACAGUCAAUAGCAGCCAAGGGGAUUUGGAACACCUUCUAAAAUGCACUUGGAGCUAUAUUGAUAUUUAUUUCACAGUACUUCCUACAGCAUUCCCGCUUUUUCUCCUUUGCUCAUUUUUUGUUCAUAUCCUACAGCCUGUUAAAAAGUAUUUCUGUGAAGUUGCUGAUAAUGAAAUACAUUGACUUAUUUCUGUAUUUGCUGUUGCCACACACCAGUUUCAUCUUCAAAUCUUUAUUUAAAUAAAAGUAUUGAAAAAUCA